GUGUUUGAUAUGGGAUUAAAAUGAGGGGCUGUGUAUAAGAUAUAAACUAAUGAUUCAUUAUUUUAAUAUUUCAUAAGACUAGGCUACUCCCCAGAAAGUGCUUCCGCCACCUCACAUUCAUUUGGACAUGGCUAGCAAUAGGCAGCAGAAAAGUAUUUCUGACUUUUUUUCGAGUAAAACAAUAAAAGUAAAAAUAGUUAUGGGAAUUCUUCACAGGAUGUAAACAACAAUGAUGAUGAAACGGCGAGUGAACCCGCUUCAAAGGCUGACACCGACUCGGUUCAGACUAGCGUCGUUAGCAUGUCAGCAUCCCCGAGCAGAGAAGUUUGUGAGCUGGACGUUGUCAUGGAUUCUGCUGAAGUCGGGACACAUCAGAUAGGUGCCAGAGAAGAUGACAAGCCUUACCAACCCAGGAUGAAAUUUCCAGGCAGGAGAUUUGGUGGGGAAAAGUUUGAGUGUUCAUUUUAAUGUGGAGGGUUUGACCAAUGGAAAUGGCUACAUUACAUUAGAGAAUCUGACUCUGUGAUUUGUUUUAUAUGUGCUAAGGCCACGGAUAAAGGAUUACUGCGCCUCACCAACGACAAUCAAAGCUCCUUUGUAACAGUGGGUGGAUAUAGUAACUGUAAGAAAGCUCGUGACAGAUUUGCUCAACAUGAGUUAUCCGAAUUGCACUCGGAUUCAGUGCAUGCUUUGGAAUCCUUAAAACUAACACUAAUCAACGCUGUGAUCUCGGAUAUUGCUGCUCGAGACCAGGCUACAGGUAGGGCUGUGCUGGAGCUAUUUUUACGCUCAAUCAAGCUCCUGGGCCGCAAAGGGUUGCCACUCAGAGGGCACGCUCACUGAGAUGGAGUCCUCUGGCAGUUGAUGCUGGAGAGAACGCAUGCUCUCCCGAAAGAAAGAGAAUGGAUGUUAUGCAGAGAUAAUUGGAUGUCCAAUACGAUUCAAAAUGAAAUUCUGGGGAUGUUUGCUCAUGCCAUCCAACAUGAAAUCAUGUCUUAAACUAGCCACUGUUCUUUCCUGGGCCUCACAGCAGACGGAACAACCGAUAUCAGCGCGAGCGAGCAAUUUUCAUGUUGUUUGCAGUUUGUGGAUUCGAAUUUAAGGGCACAUAAUGCCUUUCUUGGAUUUUAUAAUGCGAGUGACUCAUCUGCAGAAACAUUGUUUUCAUGCAUCAAAGACAUUUAUCCGUUUAAACAUACCUCUGGAACGUUUGGCAGGAUAUUGUUUUGAUUGGGCGUCCAACAUGUCUGGCCGUAUAAAUGGUGUUCAGGUGAAGCUAAAAGCAGAGUGUCCAGGGUCCCUAUAUGUGCAUUGCAGUAACCAUGCUUUGGACCUCGUUCUGCAAGUGGUAUCAAGGGAAGUGAGUCUCAUUGCAGACACAUUGAAUUUUGUUCAGGGAGCGUCUGUGGUCAUUUCAGAAUCAGCCAAACGUAAGAAGUUGUUCACGUCUCUUUUUGGCUCUGAAGAUGUGGUGUGCGAUCUUCUGGGGCUUUGCCCAACCCGAUGGUGCAUCCGCAGCACUGCGAUUUCAAGAGCCAUCUCUACGUAUCCUACACUACUAGAGACCCUGAAGACUCUGGAGCGAGACAAGUCAGUUAGGGAUGAAAUUCUGUCUAAGAUAUCCGGAUUGUGCACACAGGCUAAACAAGCAAGGACAUAUUUUGGAUUAGUUUGCAGUGAGGCACUUUUUGGGCCUUCUGAGGCAGUGGCCCGAAGUCUGCAGAGUGAAACAUCAACUGCACGCUCAGCCCUGGAGUGUGUCACAAUCCUCCAGCAACAUAUGCAGAGACUUUGGGGGGAUGACUCUUUCAUGCAAGAUGUUGCAAGAUGCAACAAUUUGAAAAUGCCAAAUCCCUCCAGAUUGAGCAAAACCCCUGCUCGAAUCCACAACACUUCAGAGCCAGAGGCAGAGGCUCUGGUGUGCCGAUCUGGAGAAGCACAGUGGCGAUGUCAGUUCUUUGAAGCGGUAGACUUAAUCCAAAUUGAGUUUAAAAGAAGAUUUGAUCAAAAUGGAAUGAAAGUGGCUGCACAUAGAGAAACGACUUAUCGAAGCUGCCAACCAAAACCUGUCCGGACUUAAUGAAGAAAUGCAACUCCCAGAAAAGUUAAAUCGAUCACGCCUACAUAUGCAACUAACUCUACUGGGUGACCUAACUAAGGAGAGAAGGUUCGUUGCAGUGAAAGAGGUUGCUGAAUUUAUUUCAUCCUUGCAUCCCUAAACUAGAGCGGUGUUUAAAGAAGUUGAGGCAUUCAUUGAGCUUUGUUUAUGUCUACCUGUGUCAGCUCCUCCAUCAGAAAGAUCAUUCUCAGCUCUCAGACGACUGAAAACCUGGACCCGAAGUACCACAAGCCAGAAGAGGUUGACAAAUCUGGCGCUGAUGCACAUACAUAGUGACAUUCUGGACAGGCUGGAUAUACCAUCUCUUGUUCGGAGCUUCAUCGGCAACACACCAGAAUGCAAGGCCACGUUUGGUGCACUUUAAAUCGAGAUAUGAAAUCAUUCCACAUAUCCAUAGUCGAAUGGACUUUCAAGA